GGGAAAAAAUAUGAGAAAAAAGGAAAGUAUUUGUGUUUUUGGCUCCCAGUCAGGUCAGAGCCGUCUCUCCUGCUCACUCCCUUCCUUUUCUCUUCACUUUCCCUCUCCCACUCCCACUUCUCUCUCACAUCUGGAGGGUAUCUGGUGUGGCUGUGUGACUCCUCGCCUGCUAUGGGACAGCCUGUGUUUGGACUGGAUGUCAGACUUCAGUGCGUUUCAGCUAACGUUGGUCGGAAGGGCCCUUGCACUUGGUGAGGACUGAAGUUUCAGACACAGAGCCGGCUGUCUUUUGUUGUUGUCCUGGUCCUUCACGUAGAUUCAGUCACUACACUGCAAAUCCUCUUGCUUCUUCUCUACUGUGAAACAGUUUCCAGACUGAGGAGAGCUAAGCAUUGGACAUGGCUUUUCCCAAGCAUUCCAUCCUGCAGGCCCUGAGUGUGCUGCUCUUGGCCUGGGUGUUGGUGCGUUGCCAGGCCCUUGUCAAACCAGAGGAAGAGGAGGAGGAAGAGCCCACGAAGGAGGUCGACGUCGCAAUAGCGGUGACGAAAUCUGAGCCCAUCAAAUGUCCGCCAGAUUGCAGCUGUACAGCAGAGGGGGUAAUCGACUGCGCAGGGGUGGACCUCACGGAGUUCCCUGCUGAUCUGUCUGAUAAAACCCGCCAGCUCUCUCUACAGAACAACAAGAUCGAGGAGAUAACCGUGGAGCACAUUUCUCAUCUGCAUCAGCUCGAAACUUUCAACCUUCAGAAUAACUGGCUCACCACAGAUGGCCUUGAAGAUGAAGGGUUUGAAAUGCUCGAACACCUGGCUUAUUUAUACCUGGCAAAUAACAAGCUCACUUAUGCACCAAAGGUCCUACCACCCUCUUUGGUUAGUGCUGAUUUUGCUGCUAACCAGCUCACAAGGAUCUAUCCGUACACAUUUGGUCAUAAACCAAAACUGAGAUCUGUGUAUCUCCACAACAACAAGCUGACAGAUGCAGGGCUUCCUGAUAAUAUGUUCAAUGCUUCUGACAACUUGGAGAUCCUCACCAUGUCCAGCAACUUCCUGCGGGUCGUCCCCAAGAACCUGCCCUCCACUCUUUACCGCCUUCACCUGAAGAACAACAAACUCGAGAAAAUCCCAGCAGGAGCGUUUGACAACUUGUCCAACCUCAGAGAGCUGUAUCUGCAGAACAACCUCCUCAGCAACGAGGGGAUGAACAACGAGACUUUCAGCCACCUGAGCAGUCUUGAGUGUUUGGACUUGUCAAAUAACAACCUGAGCGUUGUUCCUAAGGGUCUGCCUCGCAAUCUUGUUCUGCUACACAUGGAGAAGAACUCCAUCCAAAGCAUCCCUGGAGAUGCUCUGACUUCUGUCAGAAACCUCGAGUACCUACUCCUCCACAACAACAAGCUUCGUUCCCGUUCUAUCCACCCGGCUGCCUUCCAGGGACUGAAGAAGCUGCACACACUGCACAUGUACAACAAUUUACUAGAGCGUGUUCCUAGAGGCUUGCCACGGCGAGCCAAGACCCUAAUGCUGCUCCACAACUCCAUUUCUGAAAUUGGCCGCAACGACUUGGCCUUGCUGUACACCCUGACAGAGCUCAACCUCAGCUACAACAAGCUGACAAGCUCCAAGAUGCACCGCGAGGCCUUCAGGAAGCUGCGUGUGCUGAAAACCCUAGACCUGUCAGGAAACGGCCUUUACACAUUACCCCUGGGUCUUCCUCGCAGUCUGCAAGUGCUUGAAGUCAAAAACAACCAACUCAACUCCAUACCAGAUGGUGCGCUGACUGGCAUGGAGAAGCUACAGAAGUUGAUCCUGAGUGAUAACCAGCUGAAACUGAACUCGAUCUACCAGGGAGCCUGGAUGGAGCUUAGUGCUCUCACAACGCUAGACCUGUCUGGCAACCAGCUGUCACACAUCCCCUCUGACCUGCCGGAGUCCCUGGAGUACCUUUACCUGCAAAGUAACCGCAUCUCCAGUGUUCCUGCCUCAGCUUUUGAAGGCACUCCAAACAUCAAAGGCAUCUUCCUCCGGUUUAACCGUCUGUCUGUGGACUCCGUGGAUGAGAGCUCUUUUGCACACCUGUCCAACUUACAAGUGCUGGACAUCGGCACAGGAAACACAGACCUCCCCUUUAAACGAGAGGUGACGGAUGGCGAUGAGAUGAUGGAGGAGGAGGAGGAAACAUAAGAUACGCUCAAUUCAACUGACAUUGAACUGUUGCGUUGAUGACCGAAAGGACUUUGAAAUUGGAAUGAACCUGUGAACGUCAUUUCCCAGGUCCAUUUUUGUGUCAUGCUGAGUGGCAGAGUCACAUAUUUCUGGUGCAGGAUACCGGAUGAAGUUGCUUUAGUUUCCAUUUGUUGGGCUGGUUAGAAUGCAUAUCUUUAUAUCUCAGCUUUAAUAUUUGUCUUUGACGAUUGCCGUGAAACAUCGAUCAUUUAAAUGUGUAUGUUUAUUCAAAACAGUCAUUCAGAAAAGUCAAUGUGAAAUUUCCCCUGUAAAUGUUUCUGAAUCGAUAUCAAGCAUGUAAGCAGAGUGAAAAAGUAUAGAUUUUGCUUCCACUGUUA